GCAAACAUUGCACUUAAAAAAGCUUCCAGUUUUAAUGUCUUUUGUGGCUUUUUUGCUUUUUUAACAAUAAGGUACAUUCUGAUCAUGACAAGAAACUCUAAAUGUUGCAGCUAUCUUGCCUCAGACCAAUCACUUUAACAUUUUAAUUCAAGAAACAUGAGACAACUACAGAGAUGCACAAAACGGCUGCAAGGAGAAUGACUGCAAAGAGAUUUAUAACAACUAGAAAGGAUUGUAAGAGAUUAAAAUUUCAUGUAUGACACUUUUUGUUAAGUUUUUGGGUUUUAUUUACUUUAGACUGAUUGUAAUUGUCAGAAUCUCAUCGUAUUUGCUGACAUUAUCAGAACAAUUUGUGUCAAUAUCAGAACAAAAUGCAAAUAAACAUUCAUAAAUAGCUUUCUCCAUUAGUUUUCCUCAUUAUGAAGGUAAUUAGUUGAUAGCUGUCAAUAAAUCCAAGGCUACAAAGCAAACAGGACUGUUAGUUUCCCAAUGUGGUAACAAAAGAAAAGUAAAUUGUUUUGAAAUCGUAAAUUCCGACGGACGCAAACGCAGCAGCAGCAGCAGACAGGGAAGUGCAUGACAGAGGUUCCGUAUCAAACUCGUCCAGACCGCGAACCUGCCAUGGCAACAGCCGGAGUUUGUGUCCUGUUCAUUGUUCUUUGUGCCACUUUUGCGGAGGAAGUUAAAUUAAAAUACAAACGUGCAACUAAACCUGUGAGGUUAUUUACUGAGGAGGAGCUGAAGAGAUACGACGGGACUCAGGAGGAGCAGCCUAUUUACAUGGCAGUUAAAGGAGUUGUGUUUGAUGUCACCAAAGGAAAAGAGUUUUAUGGAAAAGACGCUCCGUACAACGCCCUGGUGGGGAAGGACUCCACUCGAGCCGUGGCCAAGAUGUCGCUGGACCCUGCAGACCUGACGUCAGACACUUCGGGCCUCACUGACGAGCAGCUGGAGUCCCUGGACAGCAUAUUUGAAGACACGUACAAAACCAAGUAUCCCAUCGUGGGUUACACAGCGUCACGUAUCCUCAACGAGGACGGAAGUCCCAACGAAGACUUCAAACCAGAGGACCAGCCUCAGUUUCAAAUCAAAGAUGAGUUUUAACAACACUUUACCUGCUGGUUUGUUUUGUUCUUCAACAUAGCUGUGAAAAGGAGUCCCGGUGUAGACGAGGCUCCUGUUUUCUUAUUUCUUGACCACAAUCGUAAUCAAAUGUUUAAAAAAGCAAAACAAAACACAGGAUCCUCAGUACUUGAAGUGAAGGUUUACAUGGUUCUUUAUUAGCUGUGAGAGCUUCAUUGUGCACAGUGAAGCUGAGAAGUAAAGAUGUUUUGUGUUGUAGCUGCAGAGUAUAAUCGGAGGUUUCAGUGAUUUUCUACUUUUGUCAGAGCACAUAUAAACAAAAACAGUUAAAGCACAUUUAGAAACAGAUUGUAUUUCACCAAAAGACACAUGAGAUGCUGCUAAAUGAGGUUUUAGUUUGUCUGUGACUAUUUUCAUUACAAAAGGGGACAAUCUGAUGAAUCAUUUGCUUGUAAAAUGUCAGCAUGUCUGGGUUUUAUUUUGAAAUGUUGCCACUAAAUGCAAUCAAAUAGUAUUUAUGUCUCAGAAAACAAGAUUUGCUCUGUUUGAUUUUUUUAUACAAUUUAAAAUAUUCAAUUUACAGUGGAAACAGAAACAAAACAGUACUUGCUCUUGUAGAUUGGGACAAUUUGAUGAAUAAUUUUUUCAAUAAAAUAGUGAGAAAUGUUUGUUUUGCCUAAAAAAAUGCAAUUUAUACUGGAAAAAAGACAAAAAAAACCUGUUCUUGUUGCUUGAUUAGUGAGAAAUAUGUUGCUGAUUCAUUUUCUGUCGAUCAACUAAUCAGUAAGUUUAGUUUUUAGUCUGAUAUGUUGUCUCUAAAUGCAAUAAAAUGCUAUUUAUAUAACGGAAAACAGUGAAUCUGCAGCUCUGUGCAUGUCGGUUUGUUCUCAACGUGAUUUUUGGUUAAUCAUUUGUUCGAUAAAAUGAAAGAAAAUAGUGAGAGACUUUGCCCCAAAAUAUUCUAUUUGUAGUGGAAAAGGACACAAAAAUAUUUGUUCUUGUUGCUUGAUGAAUGAGAAAUAAGUUUGAUCAUAGAUUCUAAAUAUUCAAUCCACAGUGGAAAAGCAGACAACAAAAUAUCUGUUCUUGUUGCUUUAUAAUUCAGUUCAACUUUAUUUAUAUGGUGCCAAAUCACAACAUACAUGAGAAGUAUGUUGCUGAUUCAUUUUCUGUCGCUUAACUAGUCAACAAAUUUAGAUUUCAGUCUGAGAUGUUUCCAUUAAAUGCAAUAAAACACUAUUUAUGUAUCAGAACACAGUGACUCUGCAGCUGUGUAGAUGUUGAUUUGUUCUCAGUUUGGUUUUUAUACAGUUCAAAAUAUUAAAUUCACAGCAGAUUAGGACAAUUUGGUGAAUCAUUUGUUUGGUAAACUCAGAAAAUGUUUGUUUUGCUCAAAAUAAUCAGUUUGUAGUAGAAAAAGACACAAAAAAUACCUGUUCUUGUUGCUCGAUUAGUCAGAAAUAAGUUGCUGAUUAAUUUUCUGUCACUUAACUAGUCAAUAAAUGUAGUUUUUAGUUUGAGAUGUUACCAAUAAAUGCAAUCAAAUACUAUGUAUGUGUCACAAAACAGUGACUCUGCAGCUCUGUGGAUGUUGAUUUGUUCUCAGUUUGGUUUUUAUACAGUUUAAUAUAUUAAAAUCCCAGUGGAAUAGCAAACAACUAAAUAUCUGUGCUUACAGAUUUGGACGAUUUGAUAAAUCAUUUGUUUGGUAAACUGUCAGAAAAUGUUUGUUUUGCUCAAAAUAGUCCAUUUGUAGUGGAAAAGGACACAAAAAUACCUGUUCUUGUUGCUCUGUAAGUGAGAAAUAAGUACCUGAUUGAUUUUCUGUUGAUCAACUAAUCUGCAGCUUCAGUUCUUAAUCUGAGAUGUUGUCACUAAAUGCGAUCAAACACUAUUCAUGUAUCAGAACACAGUGAAUCUGGAGCUCUGUGGAUGUUGGUUUGUUCUCAACUUGAUUUUUGUACAGUUCAAAAUAUUAAAUUCACAAUUUGAAGAA